CCCGCGGCGCGGUGAUGUCAUCGGAGGGCGCCUGGUCGGUCGCUGUCCACUUUCCCAGCAGGCGCCGGGACGGAGCGAUGGGCCGCGCUGGGGGCCUGGGGCGGUUGUGCGCAGGCGCGUGGCGCUGCCCUGCAGAUUACGGAGGAGGAGGUGGCGGCAGGCUCAGACGGUUUUACAGCACAGGAAUGACCUUGGAGAAUGUCAACAGGGCAACGGUGGACCGCAUCAUUCGGGUAGAUCACGCAGGAGAGUAUGGAGCCAACCGCAUCUAUGCUGGCCAGAUGGUCGUCUUAGGAAGAACAAGUGUAGGUCCCGUUAUUCAGAAAAUGUGGGAUCAAGAAAAGGAUCAUUUGAAAAAAUUUAAUGACUUGAUGAUUACAUUUAGAGUUCGACCAACCCUCCUGAUGCCCUUUUGGAAUGUGGUGGGCUUUGCACUAGGUAUGGGAACAGCCUUGCUUGGGAAGGAAGGAGCAAUGGCUUGCACUGUGGCUGUGGAAGAGUCAAUAGCAAACCAUUACAACAACCAGAUUAGGACACUAAUGGAAGAGGAUCCAGAAAAAUAUGAAGAACUUCUUCAGAUAAUAAAGAAAUUCCGGGAUGAAGAGCUGGAGCACCAUGACACGGGGCUCGAACAUGACGCAGAACUGGCACCAGCAUACACACUUCUGAAGAGUGCUAUUCAAGUUGGAUGUACCGCUGCAAUAUAUUUAUCAGAACGAAUUUAGACUCUUCCCCCUUUUGCCACUCCUUAAUUUAAGAAGUCACAUGCACAUUGGAAAUGAUACGGUGUUUGCCAUUCUUAUGAGAUUUUUGGAAAUAAACGGAAUAGCGCUAAUCUUUUUUUUUUAAAGGAAAGCAUUCGACUUUUUGUCUUCAUUAGAUGUCGUCAGGCCACAACUGAAUAGGUGUGCUUCCACCCUCCAAUCCUGCUGUUGUGAUCGAGUUUUAAUAUUAGUAUCUUAUCAGAACUCCUUAUAGGAAAAAUGAGAAACCACUAUUCAACCAUGCCAAUUGAGGGGCUAAAAUAAUAUCUUUUUUCCCUCUGGAUUACAUUAUUUUGUUAACUAAUCACAUCCCUAAUAUUUAUUCAUUGGGAACAUAGGAAGGUAGUGUCUGUAUAAGGCUCCUUCGUUGAAAUCUUGGUCAAAUGGAUUUUAAAAUGAUUUUUUUUCACCCAAGGGAGACAUCGUAACAUUUCUGUGCAAAAUGUACUAGUCUUCCCAUCGUCACAGCCCAACUAAAAUCAUUAUCCGUUCCAGGAAGCCUUCCCUGGCCACAGUCUCUCACCUCCACUCAUCCUAUUCUCUCUUCCUUCAGCAUCGCCUAUGCACUUGAGUUGUACCCCCUAACCUUUGGAUACCCCAGCCCCUCCAGCACUUAAGUGCAUAUAUAGUUUCUUCUUACCCUACCGAUAACUGACUUCAACGUCUAUCUCCCUGACUCUGUUUUACUCUCCCAAAUAAAGUACUCUGCACACAG